UUUUUUGCCAGAUCUAAUGUAUGUACGUUUAUCUCUUGCAAAAAAAUUGUAUAAAUAAUCAAACCAUGGAAUUUGAUCGGCUUGCUAUUAUGCGAGUAUUCCAGGGUGCUUGGGUGUCAUUCAGCUCCGGUGACCUGAAUAAAACAAAAGAAGCGCUCCAGUCUUUGUUUAAUCCAACAAGUGAUGUACUGUCUUCUCAUGUAGAAUUUUUCUCUCAUUGCAAAGAUUUAAAAAGCAACAAAUCUAUUGCUCUCUUCACUGCAAAGAAUUUAGACGAGUGGUACACAGACCAGACAAAACAUGGAAAACUUCCUUGUGUGGUGAACAUGGAGUUAAAGCUUGCGAUAAUGCCAGUAAUUGUUGUUGCCCAUUCAGCAACUUCAAGCAUUCUUAUUAAAGUGUUUGAAUUAAAUAAAUCGCCAAAUGAAUUCUUAAAGCCUUUUAUUGAUGAUUUAUUAGCUCAAGAAAAGAUAAAAGAAGCCAUUUCAGUGGUGAUUAAACUCAAUAUGCAAGAUCAUUUCACUCUCACUGAUAUGGCUCUUCCAAUGUUGACGCAAAACAAGUUGAAUCUCGUUGAAGAGUAUUUGAUGGGAUCAAAGUCGCAGCAAAUACAGAUUUUGAAGAUGAUUGAUUCUUGGAUAGAGACUGGAUUUGAUAUGAUAGAAUUUUUUCAAGAACACAAUAUUUUUCAAAUCAGAGGUGAAAUUUUAAGACCAAAAUUUUUGUCGAAGCUUCUCACAAGAUGGUUAAAAGUUUUUCUAAAUGUCAAUGAUCCUUACACUAUUGAAGGACAAGAGCUCUGCCCGAAUCUGUGCAUGCAAAAAUCUUUGAAUAAUUUACGAUAUUUACUCCAUCGACAUUAUGUUGAAGAGAUAUCUUCAGUGGAAACAACUCAAGAAUUAAUAUUAAAAUCUGUGGGUGAUAACAAAUGGCUUCAAAAACAACUUGUGGAUAUACUUGGGACUGUAUAUGGUGAUUGCGACAGUGCAAAACAGUGGGCUAAACUAUAUGAAAUUAAUCCAGAGCCUUUCACUGAAUAUUUCAAUAGCGCUGCAAACAUUAGUGGUAGCCCUAACGAGCCUGAGUCAGCGUGGGAAUGUAGUGUUCCCGAAGUAGCCAAUAAGUCUGGUUCAGAUCAAAAGGUAACAUCACAGGUUGCCACAUUUCAAAAAAGAAUGCAUGAAACAAGUGAAGAAAAUUGGUACAGUUUAAACCUACCCCUGGAUCAGGUACAUUUUGUUAAUUCAUCAGAAUUGCUUGAUCAAUGCUCACAGAAAGUUAUGAAAUGUGAAGUCCUGGGUGUUGAUUCUGAGUGGACACCAGAUUUUAUAAGGAGUGGGGGCGUUUCAGUUGCUUUGUUGCAAAUUGCGUCAUCUGAUUGCGCAUAUUUGCUAGAUGUGUUAUAUUUCUGUAAUUCAGGAGAAAACGUUAAAACAGCUUUUGCUGAUUUUAUCAGAAGCCUUUUUUUGUCAAAAAAUAUUUUAAAAAUUGGUUUUGGUAUUAAUGAAGAUUUACGUAAAUUGGCAACUGCAAUUCCUGAACUUGGUAGCGAUAUGAAAAAUACUAUUCGAGUGAUGGAUUUGUGCACAGCAGUACGACACUUAGAACGGAUAUAUCCGCAGGUUUUUAACUUUCCAGAAGAAACAUUAAAUUCUGUUGAAGUUGAUAUGCCUUGUGCAAAGAAAGAGACUGGUCUGAGCAAAUUGGUACAUCGUUGCUUGGGAAAGCCUUUAAAUAAAUGUGAACAAAUGUCAGAUUGGGAGCGAAGGCCGUUGAGACAAUCACAAGUAAUAUAUGCUGCUCUUGAUGCUUAUGUUUUACUGGAAUUAUAUAAUUUCUUAGAUUCACAGAUGAAACUUGAGGGCAUAGAACAUACCCUUGAGACUAUCAAAGAUAUGAAAAUUAUGAAACGUAAAGCUAAGUCUACUCAAAAGACUAAAGCAAAUACCAGUAAUAGUGAUUCUGUUAAAAGUUGUGAAGCAAAACAGCAAAAUAUUGAAAGGGAUAUAAUACGUCCAUUUCAAUUUAAAGUUGUUUGCGAUAACAUGCUGCAGGGCCUUGGUCGGCAAUUACGUUGUUGUGGGGUUGAUGUCAGAAUUCUGUCAAAUUUUGAAGAUCAUGAUGCAGCUGCAGAAAUUGCAACCAGAGAAAACAGAAUUAUUUUAACGUCAGGAACCCCCUAUCAAUAUCUAUCAUCUCAAGUUCCAAUUGGGAAUUGCUUUGAUGUACCAUGUGGAGAAAAAGCAAAGGAGCAAGCAGCUAUAGUUUUAGAACAUUUUAACGUAAAAGUCACACCGAUGGAUGUAUUCAGUCGUUGUCAAAUAUGCAACGGAAAUAAAUAUUUAAAAGUAUCUCCAGAACUUAUGGGAAAAUGCAUCAAGAAAAGGCUUCAACUGUUAUCUGGGAAUCCUGUAGACUCAAAACCUGGUAAAAAGGCUACUGCAAUUCCCUGGGCGGAUUUGCGACCUCUACAAGUCAAAUCUCACAGUACCAACGUGGGACGUGGUAGGCAUAUGCAAGAUCAAAAAGCAUCUGAGAAGCUGAGGUAUCCACGUGGUAUUGGUCGCGGAAGGGCUUUCAGGGAAAAACGUUUCGAACAAUCCAUUGGACGAAAAUACAAAUUCACACACACAAACUCCUGUGGAAAGUACUAUGAGCAAAGCAAUAAAAAAGGAAUGAAGAAUUACGAAUACACUGAAUAUGAUGAUGAAGACGAUGAAUUACUAGUGGUUUGUUCUACAUCGCCUGAUAAACCAUCAAAAUCUCCUGAAUUUGAGCCGAUCGAAUCAGCAUCAUCUUCUGAAGAUAGAUCACACAAGGAAAAAAGUGACGGCUGUACUUCGACAUCUUCUGAUAAAUUUACUUUUAUGGAUAAAGAUUCUGAAUUAUCUUCACCUCAGUUUGAAAGCGAUGAUAUUAUUCCUUCUGAAAUAUGUAAGGGUAUCAUGAACAGCGGUCAAAAAAGUAAAAGUACUACAAUAAUCACUGGUGCUUGGGGCAGUAAUAAAGAUGGUGUAUUACCAUAUAUUAUAAAUCCUGAUUCUAUAUGUACACAAGGUUCUAUUAAUUUAGUGAAUGUUACUAUUGUUUCAACUGAUAAUACAAAUAGCGACAGUUCUUCUAUUGAUGGUGUGGCAGUUCCAUUGCAAUGUGAACAAGUUCCUCAAAAUAUGGUCAGUCGAGUCAAGGUUUUUUAUUGUUGUGUCAAAUGUGGUAAAGUAUUUUGGGAAGGUCGUCACUUUGCACAUGUUUUGGAUCAGUUUUCCAAUAUUUUGCAUGAUACAUGAGUCAAAAUGGGCUAUUAUUAUGAUCUUAAUUUUGUGCAGUUACUUUUUGGUAAUUUCUGACUUUCUAUAUUUCUGGACGGCUCUGUCCAUUGAAGUCAUAUUUUGCUGCAAUUUUGUAAUAUUUUUCAUGUUUAUUUGGUUGAUUUUUGUUGUCACUAGAGAUAUCCAGUGAUGCUAGUUUGAGAAAAAUUUAAAAAAAUUUAAUCAAUGAAUUUAUUUAAAUAAAAUUUACAUUUGAACCAGCAGCAUCUAUACUAAGCCUGACUAGGCCGAAUUAAAAAUGAAGAAUAGUAAACUUUCUCAGCGAUAAAUGAGUGAGUGAGUAGGCGUGACCAUGCUAUGAGCAAAUUACCUCAACAAAAGUACAGGUCAUUUUAAGGCUAGCAUAAUUUGAAUAUCUUUGGGCAAAAAAAUUCAUAUAUAUAUAUUUAUUGAAACACAAUUAUGUUUCCAGUGCAAACAUUUUAUUUUGAUUACUGCUUUUUUGUGCUGUAAUUGUGAAUGUUUUGUUCCGUAUUAGUUUCAAUUAAUAAUUUCAUUUUGUUGUUAUGCAUUUAAUGUAGUGUCAAAAAUGUUAUUUCAAAAAAAUCUAUUGGUGAGAAUAUUAUUUAGCCAAAUGGAAACAAAAUUACUUUUCACAAGAUUAAUAUAAUAUGAUGUUAUAAUAGCAUAGCUCAUUUAUAAUAUUUAUCAUGAGGAGUAAAAUAAGAUCUAGUCUGGACUAUCAAAAUCUGUAUCGUCUAAAACUAGUAGCUAAAUUGAUUGGAUAUUAUCCUUGAUUGAAUGGUAAUUUUAUUUAUUUUCAUUUGGAAAUUUUAUUCUGAAAAUUGACAUCAAAUAUUCAUACCAUUGUGGGCUCAUUCAAUAUGUAAAAAAACAUCUAGACUUUCCUGCACUGCAAAAUUCUAUAUUAUAGGAACUAGCAAUGAAUGAAAACUCGAGUAUAUCUGAUAUUCCUAAUUCGAAAAAUAUUUCACAAUUUCGAUAAUAAAUUUCUAUUGGUCAUCCCUGAUCAAGAUGUAUCAAAUUUAUUACUUAUCGAUCUUGAUCGGUAAGUAUGUUGAUAGGUAUUUAUCUGUUUGUUUGUCUGUUACACACUUUCGUAUGUUACGCAAUAUCUCGCGAAAGCGAGGUUGAAUCUGCUCCGAAUUUUGCAAGUGCAUUCAUCUUCUCUCGGACCAGAAGCCUAUUGAUUUAUGUCGUAUAAUUAGAGAGUUAUUAAUUGGUUAGUAAUGGGACAUGCGGUGUCGCUAUUGAGUCAGAGCGAAGGAUAUACGCUGCUAGAUCGAUAAGUCGGAAGGUCUCUGAUCGCUAUCUCGUUUAUUUAUUAUGCAGUUUCACUUCAUUCCAGUGUUAGUUUAUGUAUUUCUCGAACCACAUACCACUAUUUUCAAAUUUCUUUUGUUCUGAUUUACA